AUGUCCCUCAGCCGGUACACAUAUAAAACUAAUGCAUCUUCCUUUGGUAUCGUCUCAAAACCAAAUUUCUAUUCUAAAAGCAACGAUUACUUUUUUUAUGCAAUUGCAUUCAGUUUAAGUCUAAUUCGUGAAUUUAUUGUUAAAAAGAUGAUUUCAAUACAAGGGUUGGUAAUUCUUCUUAGCAUUCCUAUCAAAUUAUUGAUUGUGUUGUUAAAGUAUCCAUUUGUUGGGGGAAUUAACCCAAAGUUUAGAAACAGUUUGAUUGGCUCCUUCAAAAUGACAGUCUACAAAACAGCAUUGUCCAUCCCCGUCAAAGACAGUGGCUUCUUGUCGAUUAUGUCCAAUUACUUUAUCAUUAACAAAUUGAUCAAGACCUUAUAUCCCACGUUAACAACCUUGCCUAAUUAUGGUAAAAAAUACGAUAAACAAAGUUACUGGCUUGUCGAAAGCAAAGAUAGAAAACCAAGUGACCCCGUGUUGAUCUUUUUGCAUGGUGGUGGUUAUUUUAUUCAAACCAUGCCUUCACAAAUAGAAUCAUUGUUGAGUAUUUAUCAUUUACUUGAAGAACCCCAAAAAAAGAAAUUGUCAAUUUUAGUUUUGGAUUACAAGUUGGCCAGUCAUGGACACAAAAUCCCUUAUCAAUUGACAGAGUUAAUCGACACUUACACCAAUUUGGUUAAAGAUGGCAGUAAGAACAUUUUGUUAAUGGGCGACUCUGCUGGGGGUAAUUUAGCUUUGAUUUUUUUGCAAGCUUUAAAAAUAGAUAAAUUGAAUUUGCCAUAUCCGUCAAGUGUAUUAUUAAUAAGUCCUUGGGUUAAACUUGCAGCAGACAAUAUUCAGAACACACCUGGUCACUCAUACUAUGAUAACGCUGCAUAUGACAUGAUUCCGUUUAAUCUGCAUGCCAGUGAAGUGUUAGAAUAUCUUUUGGAGGACUCACGAGUAUAUUCCUUGACCAUUUCACCAGGUAACUGUCCUUAUCAUGAAACCGAUUGGAAAGAUAUUCCUACUUUGAAUCACCCAGGUUAUUCUGUUUUUGUAAUUGCUGGAGAACACGAAUGUUUCCGAGACGAUGUUUUGGAAUGGGCCAAUCAUGCAUUACAAUCUCCAUUGACCCCACAAAAAGGCGAUUCACAAGGACGUUUCAAUCCAAAGACUCAUGAGUAUAUCAGAGAUAUCCCGGAAACAGCUUAUGCAGAAGUUGUGGUAGAACCAUGGGGUGUUCACGAUUCCGUUUUGUAUUUUGAAAACAGCAUCAUAUCUUUACUUAAAAACAAUCCUAGAUUGAAUGUAAAGUCUUUGAAUAAGGUAGAGUAUUUUGGAAUUACUAAAAUUGUGGGCUUCUUGAACAAGACAUUAUCAAGUGAAGAGAAAAAAGGGGUGAAGCCAUUGUUAUAG